AGUCAGCACGGCGGCUGCGAGGGGGCGGAGGAAUAUAUAAGGGCCCGGGCCGAACUGGGGGGGUUUCAGUUAGAGACGCGAUUCCGAGGCGAAGUAGCGGCGACAGCGACAGCGGCCCAGGCUAAUUCUACGUCUAGUGAAUCCGAAUUUCUCUACGCGGAGCGGGACCUCCCGACACGAUCUCUCGUUAUGAGUCAUGUGGCAGUGGAAAAUGCCCUCGGUCUAGAUCAGCAGUUUGCUGGUCUAGACUUGAAUUCCUCAGACGAUCAGAGUGGAGGAGGUACAGCAAGCAAAGGCCGGUACAUUCCUCCUCACUUACGGAAUAGAGAAGCUUCAAAGCAGGCAGGUAAUGCCUAUAACUAUGCGGCAAACUACUAUUCCAAUUCGAUGCCACCAAGAAGCUAUUCCCCCAGCUGGGACUCUCGUGGAGGUAAUGGCUAUAUGAAUGGAUAUGAUCGUGACAGCCGGAUGAAUGGCUACGAUCGUGAUCGUGGUGUGUUUGGAUCCAGAGGAGGAUCUGGACGUGAUGACAGAGGAUUUGAUGGUGGGUGGAAUGCUGGCAGAGACAGGGAUGCUGCAUACAGUAGCUUUGGUGCAAGGAGUGACCGUGGAUCAGGAAAAUCAAGCUUUUUUGCUGAGCGUGGUAAUGGUUCAAGAGGAAGGUUUGAUGACCGUGGUGGAAGAGGCGGUGAAUUUGAUGGCAUUAGCAGUCGUGGUGGUGAUAGAAGUGCCUUUGGCGGCAGAUUUGAUCGUGGUGGAAACAGUCGUUGGUCUGAUAAAAGUGAUGAAGAUGACUGGUCCAAACCACUUGCCCCAAGUGAACGUGUGGAGCAGGAGCUGUUUGCUGGUGGGAAUACUGGCAUUAAUUUUGAGAAGUAUGAUGACAUUCCGGUUGAAGCAACAGGCAACAACUGUCCUCCACACAUUGAGAGCUUCAGCGAUGUUGACAUGGGAGAAAUCAUUAUGGGGAACAUUGAACUCACCCGCUACACUCGGCCUACUCCAGUGCAGAAAUAUGCUAUCCCUAUCAUCAAAGACAAGAGAGACUUGAUGGCUUGUGCCCAGACAGGGUCUGGAAAAACUGCUGCAUUUCUUCUGCCCAUAUUGAGUCAGAUAUAUACAGAUGGCCCGGGUGAUGCCCUCAGAGCAAUGAAGGAAAACGGAAGGUAUGGACGCCGUAAGCAAUAUCCCAUCUCACUCGUUUUGGCUCCCACAAGAGAGCUGGCAGUGCAGAUAUAUGAAGAAGCCAGAAAAUUUGCAUAUCGCUCCAAAGUCCGCCCCUGCGUCGUGUAUGGUGGGGCCGACAUUGGUCAACAGAUACGUGACUUGGAACGUGGUUGCCAUUUGCUUGUAGCAACUCCAGGUCGUCUUGUAGAUAUGAUGGAGAGAGGAAAGAUUGGACUGGACUUUUGCAAAUACUUGGUACUGGAUGAAGCUGAUCGUAUGCUUGACAUGGGGUUUGAACCUCAAAUCCGUCGUAUUGUUGAGCAAGACACUAUGCCACCCAAAGGUGUCCGUCAGACUAUGAUGUUCAGUGCUACUUUUCCAAAGGAAAUUCAGAUGCUUGCUCGUGACUUCUUGGAGGAAUAUAUCUUUCUGGCUGUUGGCAGAGUUGGCUCUACAUCUGAGAACAUCACACAGAAAGUAGUGUGGGUGGAAGAGUCAGACAAACGGUCAUUUCUGCUUGACCUCCUAAAUGCCACAGGUAAAGACUGUUUGGGAGAAAUCCAACACAACUCUAAUGGCUCAGGAAAAGAUUCCUUGACUCUGGUGUUUGUGGAGACUAAAAAGGGGGCUGAUUCUCUGGAGGAUUUCCUCUACCACGAAGGCUAUGCUUGCACAAGCAUCCAUGGUGAUCGCUCUCAGCGAGACAGGGAAGAGGCAUUGCACCAGUUCCGUUCAGGCAGAAGUCCCAUCUUGGUUGCCACUGCAGUAGCAGCAAGAGGAUUGGAUAUCUCAAAUGUAAAACACGUCAUAAACUUUGAUUUGCCAAGUGACAUAGAAGAAUACGUGCAUCGCAUUGGCCGUACAGGCCGUGUCGGGAAUCUUGGUCUUGCCACAUCAUUCUUCAAUGAGAGGAACAUAAAUAUCACAAAAGAUUUGCUAGAUCUACUUGUUGAAGCUAAACAGGAAGUACCAUCUUGGCUAGAAAAUAUGGCAUAUGAGCAGAUUCACAAGGGUGGAAGCAGUCGUGGGCGAUCAAAAGGCCGUUUCAGUGGAGGAUUUGGUGCCCGAGAUUAUCGAACAAGUAGCAGUACCAGCAGCAGCAGUAGCUUUGGCAGCAGCCGCACAAGUAGUGGGCGCAGCGGUGGCAGUGGUGGUGGCGGUGGCCAUGGAGGCAGCAGAGGAUUUGGAGGUGGAGGUGGUGGCUAUGGCGGCUUCUAUAACAGUGAUGGAUAUGGAGGAAACUAUAACUCUCAGGGGGUAGAUUGGUGGGGCAACUGAUCUGCUUGCUGCAGAUUCUUACCAAACAAGCUAAUAUGGAAACCACAUGUAACUUAGCCAGACUAUACCUUGUGUAGCUUCAAGAACUCGCAGUACAUUACCAGCUGUGAUUCUCCACUGAAUUUUUUUUAAGGGAGCUCAAGGUCACAAGAAGAAGGAAAGGAACAGAAGCCCUACUUUGAAGGUUUAAAGACUCCAUUGUAGUUGAGAUUAACUCCUCCACCCCCCUACUCCCGGACUGUAUUUAUAAUUUUGUGACUGAGGAUCAUUUGUUAAUGUACUGUGCCUUUAACUUUAGACAACUUUUUAUUUUGAUGUCCUGUUGGCUCAGUAAUGCCCAAGAUUAUCAAUUGUCUUGACAAAAUUACUCUACUUGGGCUUUAAAAAAAUCAAACCUUGGCACGCAGGUGUGAUACAACUUACAGGAAUCAUUGAUUCAUCCACUUUAUACUACAAAAAAAAACUUGUGCGGUGGCCUGCAUUAGGGCUUUGAUACUCAGAUUUGAAAAAAUAAAACAUCUUGAAGCAUAUCAAUGGAAUUAGUUUCUAAUGUGGCAAAACUGUACUAAGUUAAAGUUGAUUUGCUCACUCUAUCCUGGAUAGGUACUUAGAACCUGAUAGUCUUUAAUAAGCCAUUCCAGUCAUGAUGAUGAUGAUGAAGUGAUGUAUGGAUACAUGCAUACAAGCACUGUUUUAAAGUUAAUGCAAGUAAACACAGCAAUUCCAGUGUUUAGGCAGAUUAUUAAUGUGAGCUAGCCAAAUGGAGGCGGAACAUUACAGGGAAUGUUUAAAGGUCUGAACUUGAAAUAGUUUUUAGGAGAAUUCAUCUACUUAGACUUUUCAAAAUUGCCUGCCAUAUUAAAAUUGAAAUGGUAGAAUGGCUGACCACAACAGUGAUGGGUCCACCUUUUAAGGGCCUGACUGAUUUUUUGGGUCUUAACGCAUGCUAGUGUUGAUGUUUUUUGGUCAAGGGGGAAUGAACAGGAAGAAUUAUGCAGCAGGCUUUAUUUUAAUGCAGAUUCACAUUACUCUGUUCAAGCUGCGUUGAAGUGUUAACUGGCUUACUGUAGACUUGUAAAAUGGCUCCAGAAGAGUAACAAAUUCUGAGAUCACAAAGGUUGGAAUGUACAUAACUGCACAAGGUUUCAAUUCUGCUAUCAAGUGCAGUUUUAGUCAGUUUUAGUUGCAUAGGUUUCCAUUGUAUUUAGUCUGUUAUGCUGAAUCUGGCCAAAGAUAAGUAUUUCCAACAGUAAAAUGCCUCUGCCACUUAGUUUCUCUGAGCUAUCUUCUGCGGCCAGAGCUGUUACCAACUCUUAGUCUAAGUGGCAUAGGACAACAGCAAAAUCUCCUAAAGUGCAAUAGAUCUUUUCAAGUGUAUUGUGCCUUGUUCUAAACUUUAAGUAGGUGCACUUGACAGUAUUUGAGGUCAUUUGUUAUGGUGCUAUUUCAAUUAGUCUAGAUUUAGGCCCUUGUACAUUUUGCCCAUAACUUUUUACAAAAUACUUCUUUUAUUGCACAUUCAGAGAAUUUUAUAUGUCUUGUGUGCGUGUCCUUAACUUCCAAUCUUAUUUUGUCUCUUGGGAGACUGAACGCAGCUUGUCUAAGGAGGAGGAACUAGAUUCUAAAACUGGGACCAUGGGAAUAAUGGUUGGGAAGAAAACUUUGCACACGACAGAUUUCUAGAUACUUUUUGCUGCUAGUUUUGUGUAAUAUUUAUUGAACAUUUUUGACAAAUAUUUAUUUUUGUAAGCCUAAAAGUGAUUCUUUGAAAGUUUAAAGAAACUUGACCAAAAGACAGUA